AUGAACAGUAAAGCCGUCCUUGUUUUCGCCAUUUGUGCUCUUCUAUUAACAUCUUCAAUCGACUGUAAAAAGGCUAAGAAUAGUAAUGAAAAGGGCAAGAAAGUUGAGAAGGUGAAGGAGAAAGCAGUGAAAGAACCUAAACAGCCUAAGGAAAAAGUUGUUAAAGUUGAAGAAGUUGUGCAGCCGGAAGAACCAGUUCCUGUAGUUGUUCAACAAGUUAUUGUGGAAGAGGCACAAAAACCAGCACCUGUAAGAAUCGAGAAGCCAAAAUCUCUUAAGAUCGUAACUGCUUAUGAACAAUGCAAGGCCGAGUGUAGAACAAAGAGAGAUACCGUACAAGCAGCCGAAUAUGUUGAACAACUGAGAACUGAGCUUGAAGCUGCUGAAGCUGUUUUGGCUGAGCAAGCUGCUGCUGCUAUUGCUGCUGCUAGUUCUGCAGCUACUGCUGAAGUUGUCGCUGCUGAAAGUGUAGAACACCAACACACCGAAGUUUAG